CCUAAGUCCCCGCGAUUCCCUUUGCGAUUGAGCCUCAUCGACCUUCCAAAGAUAGGCAUCAUCCCGUCUGCACGAAAUACCGCUCAUGAACCAUGUAACGCUCGCCUCAAGCCCUCCGGUUGCGCGAGAUUGCUUCCGCCAUCGCGGAUCGAAGACCUUCUGAAGAUGGACGCGUUCCCGCUCUGUAGCGCAGCCGCUCCCGCGUUGACGCUUCGGAGGUGUUCCGACAUGGAGAAGCGUAUUCUUUCCAAUGUUCUAGAGCCGCCGGGGGUGCGGCGGAGAUGGCUAGCUGUGGCUCUCCCAUGAAGCUUUGAUCUGGAUUUCGAUUCAAUCGAAACGGCUAGGAGAACGCGCUCCUCUCCUCGAUUCCCAUCUCAUUUCUUGCUUUACAGCGUACGUUUGAUAUAACAUGGCGUUCAGAUCCAAUCUUUCUUCGAACACUGCGACUCGAGCUUCUUUCAAACUAUCAUGCAUUCGUUCAUCAUCUCAUUACUGGCCAUCUCCAGCUGUACCGGAUCUGCUGCAGCAGUGGGGGUAGUUGGCUCUCCAGUAGGAUUUGCGGCCGGAACGACAGGCGGCGGUUCUGCAACUCCGCAAUAUCCAGCCGACAUCGCGCAGCUCACGGCGUGGCUCACGGACAACGUCCCCCGCGUGAUUGUAUUGGACAAAACCUUUGACUAUGUUGGUAGCGAGGGUACUGUGACGGGUGCAGGAUGUCGACCAAGUUCAAACACAUGUCCUGGGCAUGGCGGGCAAGAUGCCAUCAAUGCAAACAACUGGUGUGAUGCUUCCUAUCCUAAAAUUUCCGUUACAUACGACAAAGCUGCUACUCAAGGUAUCAAUGUUGGAUCUAACAAAUCGAUAAUUGGAGAAGGGAGAAAGGGUGUCAUUCGAGGGAAGGGACUUCGAAUUGCGAACGGUGCACGUAAUGUGAUAGUCCAGAACAUUCACAUCACAUACCUGAAUCCCCGGUACAUUUGGGGUGGGGACGCCAUCACGCUUGCCGGCACAGACCUUGUAUGGGUCGACCACGUGAAGAUUUCUCACAUUGGCCGCCAAUACUUCGUAUCUGGGUACGCGCCAUCCAAUCGUGUUACCAUUUCUAAUUCUGAAUUCGACGGCAUCACUAAAUGGUCUGCGAGCUGCGACGGACGUCACUACUGGGGCAUGCUGCUGCUGGGGUCGAGCGACCGGAUCACGUUGGCUGGAAACUACAUGCAUCAUAUGAGUGGCCGCAGCCCAAAGGUCGGCGGUAACACGCUACUCCAUGCAGUCAAUAAUCUUUUCGCCGAUAACACGGGCCAUGCCUUCGACAUCCUUGCAGGUGGCCAGGUCGUUGCGGAGGGGAACGUCUUUGAAAAUGUCAGAACUACGUUGAUGGAACCAGUUCAGGGACGGGUGUUUACGUCCCUGAGUGCCGCUAUGAAUGCAGGGUGCAAACCCUACUUGGACCAUGAUUGCGCGAAGAACUUAUUGCAAAACAGUGGCAAUUUUAAUGGAGACGCGACUGCUAUAUUGGCUAAGUUCUCGGACUACGAUAGUCCGCCGGCGCUGUCAGAUACAGCGGUGAAGGACAGCGUCCUGGCAAAUGCUGGAGUAGGCAAAACUGGGAGGAGGCGGCCGUGGCGGCGAGUACGCACGGCUCACCACUCGAAAAUCUGACACGUGGGGUUCGGAUGGGGUUGAGGAUACAGGGUAGGGUGUCUUUCUGUCAGAUCGAUCCCGCAAGGAGUACGCCUAGCCAAUAUUUUCUCAAAUCUUUUCAGUGCUCGCU